GGGGCCAUUCAUUCGUCUUUCAUUCGUCGGGCGCGAUCGUUCGCGUCGUUGUGCAGAAGAGAGUAUUAGAGCAAGAAAGAGAGCAGAGCAGAGCAAAGCGUCUUCUUCUUUGCCGAAGAAUGAACGUUUUUCCAAGCCGCAGCAGUAUCUCCCGGUCCCGGUAGCUGCAUCCCCCCCUGCCCAACGAUCCGCGUGUGUGCGUGUUGUACCAUUUGCAUUUCAAAGUUUUGCGUUUUUCGUUCCAUUUCGCUGUGUCCAAAUUGACGCCGCGUUUGCAUUGCACUGUGGAUUGCAUAUCUCGGUGCGGUACGGUUUUCGUACGGCCUUAAAAAUAGCCUUUUACAGUAAUUACUGGGCGCAAAAAAAAAAAUAGCCGCCAGAAACGUGUUUUUUGUGAACGAGUUACAGUUACAGCUGCAUCUGAAGAAAAAUAUAAGAAAAAUUUCACUCAAAAGUGUAUUGCCGAAAAAUAAAUAAUAAUAAAUUGUGUUUGAAGCAAAGAAGAAAAUCUUCUACCGAGCAACGUCUACUAUUUGUUCCAUCUGUUAACAUUGUGCUCAUAAUUUAUCGUACAACAAAUAUGCAAAUAGAAAGCAACAAAUUUGUACAGCAAGUGGAAUAUUUCAAAGCUUAAAGAAAAGUGGAGCGUUUUGUGGCUGACGGAUAGAGUAAGACGCAAAAAGUGGAACAAAACGAUUGCAGCACGCACUGCCGGAGGCAAUUUCCCCUCUGCCGCCGCCGCAUUUCCUGUCAAAAAAAGCAACAAAAUCAACGGCAGCAGCACUCUACCAAAAGAGAGAUAGCAAAAGUAACUGCAAAUACUGUAACAGGCCAUUGAACGCAGGUACAGCAACAACUGCAAGCACAAGCCAGGCAGAUUUAGUGAGAGAUCAGCAACGGAAUCGAGAAAGAGAGCAGAAACCGCAAGCGCAUCGAUUCAAGAGAGAGAACAAAAGCUGCCUGAGAGAAGGUGCGGGUCAGCGAUUAAGAAGUUUUUUGCACAAGCAACAAAGGAUCAGGAGCAACAGGAAGGGUCAAAGUGCAUCAAAGGCAUUAAUUUAAAUUGGAUAUUAUGUGCGCAACGGCAGCAGGAACGACGACGACACCAACCACCAACACUGAGAGCUCAUGUAUGACAAAUCCAAGAAAUCGUGGAGUCAACGGCUCAAGACACUCGGCAGCAGUCCACACAGCGGUGGAGACGCCUCUCUAGGCACUGUCAGCGGCAUGCAGGCCAUGCAGCAGCUGCAGCUGCACUUGCAGCAGCAGCACCACCACCAGCAGCAGCAGCAACAACAACAGUUGCAACAACAGCAGUUGGCCCAACACUUGCCACAGCAUCAUGGCCAUCAUGGACACCAUUUGGCCGCGUAUCAGCUGCCGCCGCCCGUUGCCGCCGAGUUCCUGCCCAGCGCGCUGUCGCGCUCCAUGAAGUAUGCUGAGCCCUGGAUCUAUGGCACUGUGCGGGGCAUACCCGCGCGUCCCUCCUACGGCUAUCAUCAUCAGCACCAUCAUCAUCCCCAUGCGGCGGCCAUCUUUGCCACGGAUGGAGGAGGAGGCGGCGACUCCCCCUUGAGGGGCGCCCUGGCCGUGGUGAUCUGUUCGUGCGCCGAGUAUCUGAACGGAACGAAACGUGACGUGAAGAAGGCGAGCGUGUGCAAGAAGUGCAAAGGUUCACGCCUGCCCCUGGCCACCAUGGGCGGGGGCACUGUCAGGCUGCCAGCUGUCAGCAGCAGCAGCAGCGGCAGGAGCAGCCGACCGAUGGCUGCCACAAUGCGUGUGGUUAGUGCCACAAAGAAAUCACGUCCCUCCAUUCUGGAUCCACAGAAGGAUCCCUAUGACCUGAUGCGACGCACGCGACUCCUCUCGCCAGAGCCGACGAGUGCCAGCAGCAGCAAGGACUCCCCCAGCAAGGAGGGCAAGUCACGUAGCCGCGAAACGGCCACAAUAUCCACGACGAGGGGUCGCACCCGGACCAGGGCACCGCUGCCACCGUCAAAGGGAACUUCGACUGCUGCCCCUCCAGCAGCAGCAGUAACCUCUGCGGCACCAGAGCCCGCCGACUGCUGGCUGAUGGAGGACAAUGAUGCACUGCUGCGGGGCAGCGGCCUCACCACCGCCAGAGCCUCCAGCACUGGGAGCAGUCGCCGCUCCAUUCUGCGCUGCAACGUCAAUCCCUACGACCUGAUCUCAAUUGAAAAUGGGAAGCAGAAGCAGCAGUCGGGCAAGUCCUCCGUCUAUGCGGAUGACUUCGAUGUGGCCGAUGCCCAGCUGCACGACGACGAGCAGGAGCGCCAGCGGAGCGAGCAGCGCGAGAAGCAGGGGAAGCGCAAGAAGUUCUACGGCAGCAAUGUGACGGCCAUAGCCGGCCAAAGGAUUAGCCUGGGCAAGGAGAAGCCAAUCGAUCCAUCCGAUUCGAGUGACAGCUAUGAGCGAAUCAUUAUCGCCUCCUCCGGCUCUUCGGUGGACCCGCUGGCGGCUGCUCCCCCUGUGGUGGGGCCGCGACGUCCGCCACGCAAUAAAAAAGCGGAUGAGGCGACAGGCAACAACCAGGAAGUGCCUGCAACUGCCACAAUGCCUGCAGUAAGUCCCUCAAAGGCGACACCCACGGACGCUGCGAAUGAUGCAGAAGAUGAUGAUGAGAAUGAUGAUGAUGAUGGCAAUGAUGGCUCCGCGGCCUUUACGCUGCUCACUGUGACGCCCACAAUGCCGGCCAUCAAGUCCAUACUGAAGCGGCGUCCAUCGACACUGGAGUUGCCGCCAGCUGGCGUCAUCCUGCUGCCCGAAGGUGGUGUGUCGACGGCGCCACUGCUGACGCCUUCGGGCAAGUCACAGUUCUACAUUCCGACGCCAACGAAGGCGACAGCUGCCACGCCCACGAACACAGCUGCAGCAGCGGCAGCAGCAGCAGGAACGGCGACAUCAACGCCCACGUCCACGACACCAGGAGCGAAUGGUGUGACGAUGACGCCAACAUCCACAUCCACAACGAGUUCACGCAAAAAAGUGCAAUUUAUGGUCGAGGAUAAAAUCAUAGCCACGACAACGGAUACGCCGGCGACAACUGAUGACAGCAGCGAUGCCAGCCAUGCCUUUGUUGCCACAGUCGCUGCUGGAUCUGGAUCUGCUGUUGCUGCUGAUGAAGCAACAACAACAAGGACCAACUAUGAGUACUACAAUCGCAAGAGAAAUGCAGCGGCGGCAGCAACAGCGGCUGUAGGCAGAGCAGCAGCAGUGGCAGCGGCACAGCAGGAGACAUUUGCGGCUGACGUUGAUGAUGAGCAUAACUUUACAACUUCCGCUGAACCAACAGCAACAUCAGCAGUGGCAACAGCUACAGCAACAGCAACAGCAACAGCGUUGCACAUUAAGCCGGAUAGUUUGCAUUAUGAAGAUGUGCUGCUGCUGCCUCAGCUCUCCGGGCAUCAAAUAUUUGACAACAGCGACAGCAACAGCAGCAGGAGCAGCGAACCAGCAACUGAAAUGCUGCCAAAAUUAUUAUUGCCAGCGAAGGAGGAGUACGUGGAAGAGGAUCCAGCAGCAUGCCACUUGGGCUCGCGGUUCCCGCAUGUUGUCAGCGUUUUGCCAGACGGCACAGCCACGACAGCAGCAGGAGGAGCCCAAGGAGGAGGAGGAACAGCAACCCAAAAGACGACAGCAGCAAAUCGCGAUUAUGACGAUGAUGACGAGCACAACGACAAGGAUGAGAGCAACGACAAGAGCCACACCAACAGCAACAGCAACAACGACAACGACAUGAAUGGCCAUGGGUUGGUGGAGGACGCGAACGAAGAGGAGAAGGGGAAGGUGGCAAGGCAGAAGGAUACGGCCAGGCCUGCGGCAAGUCAAAAGCGUGCAGCACAAACGACACAAUCGCGAAAUCCCAUCAGACGGGCGCACAGCGAACGGCAUUUGUCGACCGCGCCCAACACGGUCGCCUCCGUCGCUCCCUCCGCCGCCGCCAGGAACUCUAGCUCCGACUCCAGCGCCAGCUUCAGCUCCAUUUCGAAGACGACAACAACGCCGCCGCCGCCGCUGCCUCGCUGCUCUGCGUCCUCUGCGAGUGGGCCACAGAAUGUCAUUUUAAAUUUUAAGGACACAAUGGCGCUGCGCAUAAAAAGCAACCGCAGCGACUCGAGAGAUUUAUUUCAAAGGCGGCCAACGGAGCCGCCGCCCCCACCGCCGCCACCCAAGGGGCCACUGACGGAGACCGCAAAAGGAUUAGAGCUGCCGCCACAAGGAAUCAAUAAGUCAGCCGCGACUGCGACUCCGACUCAGGCUCAGGCUAAGGCUAAGGCUGAGACUUUGACUCCAAUUGUGACAUCGACUCCGGCACAGCCACGCCAACAACAGCAGAGGACUGUGGUGCGUGUGGCGCCCUUCCAGCAGAGCGGCGAGGGAGCCCAUGAAGUGCAUCGCUUGAAAAUCUCCCACAGCGAGGAUGAUGACACGGAUUUGGGCGUGCAGCUGCGUCGCAGGCCCAGCACCAGGCUGCAUCUCUCCGCCGCGGAGGAGGAGGCGACACCCAAGAAGACAUCGAUACUGAUUAGCGGCGAUGAUUGCUACUCCACGAUGAACCUGAGCGCGGAUGCGGCACAGCCGCUGUACCAGUCCUCGGUGGUGGUCAACAGCCAGGCGGUCAGCACGGGCGGUGUGUGCAUCAAUGUGAGCAGCGCCGAGGAGGAGGAGCAGCAGCUGAAUCACCUCAACACGCUGCGCACGCAGCAGAUGAUGGGUGGAACGGGCACGGGUCUGGGCAUAGCCAUUAUCCCGAUUCGCAGCAGCGAGAUCAACCUGCAGCGUUCCGUGUCGUGCAUCUCCUCCACCUCGAGCAGCUCCACGUCCAGCAGCGGCAGCUCCAGCGGCCGUGGGCGCACGCUCAUCCGACUGGACUACGACAGGGAGCGGGGCACGGGAGCGGGCACCAGCACCACGCCCAUCAACACACCACCGGCAAUCAGCUCAACGCCAGCCACACCGCCGCCGCAGGCAUCGCCCAGCGACAGCUCCAGCCCGAUGCCCAGUCCCUUGGUGCAGCACGAGACGGAGCUGCUGAAGAUCCUGCGGAAUCCCGUGGAGGCAGUGAAGCGCAACCUCGUGCCGCAUGUGUGCGGACUGCGCUCUGGGACUGCCAGCGACACCGCCGGACGCACCAAGAAGAUGCAGGAUGCCGUGACAGCAAUUGUGCCGCGGAGUAGCCCGAAGGAGGGCAGCUUCAUCGCCAAGCUGCUGCAGGAUCCGAUGCUGGGGCAGGUGGCCGAGGGCCUCGAAACGGAGACGGUGGCCGAGCUGAUUGAGAACUCGCUGCAGCGGCUGCAGCAGGCACGCCAGGCCAUCGACAUGAGCGGCACCAAAGACCACGACGACAUGAGUCGCCUGAUCAGCGCCUCGCUGCAGCGGAUACGCGUGGAGCGGACAACCAAAGAGGAGGAUCGCCUCUCCAAUCGGGGCAGCAUUAGCUCCGCCAACAGCUUCGCCUCCGCGCACAACUACGAGCUGUUUGACUUUGCCGGCGGCAAUGAGUCGGACUGCUAUCAGAGCUGCUCCAGCGUGCUGACAGCAUCCGGGAUAAUCGAGGAGGAGCCGCAACCUGCCGAAGUGGAGGCCGAGCCCGAGCUGGAUGCCGCGACACGCGCCAAGUUCUAUCAGCUGCUGGUGGAUGCCACUCUGGCCGAGAUCGAGCACUCGACGCACACGGAAACGGAGGUGGAGGAGUCGGAGCAUCACUACGAAUCCAUUCGACUCAAUGGCGAUCCCAUCUACGAGGAGAUCAACGAGAAGCCGCCGCCACUGCCGCUCUCCGCACCGCCCCUGAACGAUGCCGAGCUGGAGAAGAAGGCAGCCCGCUCCAUCUUCGAGGGCGCCUCCAAGUACGACAUUCUCUCGUACCUGGUGGACGCCAAGGAGCGGGGGCUGGCGCGCGAGGAGAGCUUCGACUACAGCAACAAUCCGAAGAUCAUCGAGGAGGAGGCCACGGACACGCUCGGCGAGCUGGAGAAGCGUGUGGAGGAUCGGGACAGUGGACAGAGCAACAUGAACUCGUUGUCGCCGCCACCGCAAAGCUUCAUCUGUGGCGGGGGAGGCAAGUGUGGCAGCGAUGUGGAGCGGCAGGACUCGGGUGUGGGUUCCGAGACGAGCAAAUCGUCGCGCAGCAAGUACCAGGCCACGCCCACCGUCCUGCACCUCUGCGAGGACUGCGACGGAGCGGUGGAGAUGCAGGUGGGCGAGGCAGGAGUGCUCUAUGCGCCGCUCGUGUGCCGCAAGUGCGGCAAGAAGCGGGUGGAGCGCAAGGAGAUCAUCACGGAGAUUGUGGAGACGGAGGAGAAGUACGGCCGCGACCUGCAGAUCAUUCUCGAGGAGUUCUGCCACCCUAUGCUGGUGGCCGGCCUGCUCACCCAGGAGCAGCUCUCCGCGAUCUUCCUCAACACGGAAGAUCUGCUCGAGAACAACCAGACGCUGGCGGAGCGUAUGCGCGACGCUCUGGACAUGUCCCUGGAGCAGGGCGACGACGAUCUGCUCACCGUCAACAUUGGACGCAUCUUUCUCGACUUUACGCAGAUGUUGCACGCCUUCGAGAGCUACUGCGUGCGGCAGGCGGGCGCUAGUCUCCUGCUGGCCAACCUGGAGAAGGAAAAGGAAUUGUUGCGCAUCUUCCUGAAGGUCUCGCAGAUGGAGAAUGCCGUGCUGCGGCGCAUGAACCUCAACUCCUUCCUGAUGGUGCCCGUCCAGCGCGUGACCAAGUAUCCCCUGCUGCUGGCGCGUCUCUACAAGGUGACGCCCUCGCAAAUCGACGGACGUGAGCUGCUGAAGCAGGCCCAGGAGAAAAUUGAGCUGCACCUGAACCACAUCAACCAGGAGGCCAAGGAUGUGCCCACCAAGCUCUGGCGCCGCAUCAGCUCCUCCAGCCCCAACCGGCGUGCCUCCUGCGAAAUUGAUAUGAUAAACAUCAAGCUGCGCAAAAUGGCCAUCGAUGUGCUCGAGUGGAAUCACGAUGAGGUGCGCUUCGCCAUGGAGGGCAAGCUGCUCUACACACAGCCAACGGACAGCAACUGGAAGAAGGCGCGCACCAUCAAGCUGACACCGGUCAAUGCGCUGCUCGUGACCAAUGGCAAGCCAAGUGCCAAUUACAGGGCGGAGAAGGCCAUGUCGGAUAAACUGAAUUUCCCGAAGCACACGGGCAUACGGGAGGCCUCGCUGCUGCUGGUGAAGGAGAAAUGCGGACGCUACACGCUGAUCCGUGAGCCGCUCUAUCUGGACAGAUGUGUGGUGUGCAGCGAGGCGGAUUGGGAUGAUUAUUUCGAAGUGCAGGAAAUCUCAUCGAAGGACACAUUCAUAUUCAAAGCCGAGGAUGGUGUGCGGACCAAGCAAUGGUACACACAGAUGCAGUACCAUGCCCAGGGCAUGGGGGCGUGGCGCAAGCGAAGGAAUGCCCUGGCCAACAUCAUGAUCAAUGGAAUGCUGGCACGCAGCUAGCACAGGAGCCCGACCAGGGGGACAGACACGCGGACAGACGGGGCGACAGACGAAUGAUGGAUAAACAGAUAACAAUAACAAUAACAAUAAUAAUAACAACAAACAAUAACUACAAGUGAAACACAAUUGGUUAUGCAUUUAAUAAUGUAUUUAUGCGCUAUUAACCAACCAAGCAAUUUCGUAAUUAUUAUUUAAGUGAAGAACAAUUGAAAGGAGCAGAGCGAGCGCAGCACACGCAUAAACGCAUAAAGUUAGUGUUUACAUCCAUAAUAAUAUCUACAUGCAUAUAUCUAUAUACACACACAAUACCAUUACCAAUACCAAUAUCCUACAUACAAUGCAAUAAAGUAGAAUACAUUAAUUAAA